UCACCGGGCAUAUACCUUUCCCUGGCUCGUAGCCAAGGUAGCCGAGAGGCUUUGCUUUCCUUGGCUGCUGCACAGGCCGAUUCUUUUGGCGCCACCUUCCUCGAUUCCGGGAUGCAGAGGCAGCUGAGCAUCUCGGCGAUGCCCAAGCUCCUGCCGGAGGAAGCCGGCGGCGGCGGCAACGACGACGACGUGGAGGCCAAGCCCGAGAAGGCGCCGGCGCCGCGGUCGUCGGGGAAGGAGCGCUCCGUGCACUUCAUACCGCUCGUCAUCGUGCUCUGCUUCCUCCUCCUCUUCCUCUGCUCCCACGACCCCUCUCCCACUGAUAUGUCGAGUUUUGGAGAGAAGGCUGGGAGCAAGAAUGCCAAGUCGCUCUGAUCCUGUGAAGAACUGAACAAGUGACGCACCAAGAAAAAUAUUUGUCUUUCAGUUUAUUUUUCAGUACAGAUCCAAUUGUGUAUUUGAUCUCAACUACGAAGCAUAAACACGGUGCCCUAUGCUACGAGGCUAGCACUGCCGCAAACAACCGUCAAAAGUUCAGAACUCUGAUCGUCUGACAACAUUGGUUUUUGUUUGCCCUUGCGUAUUACAUGAGCCGAACCUUUAUGAAUUCUGGACCCUUAUUCA